AUGGCUUUCCUCCACCAAACCCCAUUGCCUCAUCAACACGGUGGUAAACACCAUGACAAGCCCAAAGACAAUGACCUCAGCCAUGACGAAGACAGUGACUGCGAAUACACCCUCACCAAAUCCGGCCAACCCUUUACCACCUCCCACAAAAUCCACUUCCUCCGCAAGUCCAAGUCCCCAGGCUGUCCCCCAAUCCCCAUAUCCCCCUUCCACGACAUCCCCCUCAUCCACUCCCACACCGCAUACGGCCAAAAAAUCUACAACAUGAUCGUCGAAAUCCCCCGCUGGACCCAAGCCAAAUUCGAAAUCUCCCGCUCCCUGCCCCUAAACCCCAUAACCCAAGACACCCUCUCCUCCUCCCCCUCCAAACCGCGCUUCGUCCACAACCUGUUCCCCUACAAGGGUUACAUCUGGAACUACGGCGCCUUGCCACAGACGUGGGAAUCUCCGCAUUAUCGUCAUCCCGACACCGGCGGCGCAAAGGGAGAUAAUGAUCCCAUUGAUGCAUGCGAGAUUGGUAGCCGAAUAGCAUACACAGGGGAGGUGAAGAGGGUUAAGGUUCUCGGGAUUCUGGGACUGAUAGAUGAGGGGGAGACGGAUUGGAAGGUUCUUGUGGUGGAUGUUAGGGAUAAACUUGCGGAACGACUGGAGGAUAUUUGGGAUGUGAAGAGGGAGUGUCCCGGGCUGCUGGAGGCGACGAGGGAUUGGUUUAGAUGGUAUGGAGUACCGGAGGGGAGGAAGGCUAAUAAGUAUGCGAUGGAGGGACGGUGGAUGGACAGAAAGUAUGCGGAGGGGGUGAUAAAGGAGUGUGAGGAUUUUUGGAGGGAACUUGUGAAAGGAAAAGUGAAGGGGAGUGGGGAUGUUUGUUUGAAAAACACGACGCUGAGAGGGACGCCUGGAUACCUUGAUCCGAGCAGUGUCAAACUGCCGCCGAAUGAGGACCUGCCGCCUGCAGAAGUUGAUCAUGAUUUGGAAGAGGUUGCGUAUGUAGAUAGGGAAGAGUCGGACGACGAAGACAAGGACGACGAUGACAGUGAGGACGACGAGGAUGAUGACGAACAGGACAGCCUGGCACGCAAUGACGACUGGGACGACUUAACAAAGGAUGCUGCCCUCAACGACCUCAAAACGAUGACCAUCAACUUGAAGUAUUGGUGA